GAAACAUAUAAUGGCAUAAUAAAGAAUUUAUGUCGCAUGAAAAUGUCAAAAGUGGCACUUGAGACCAUUGAGAAAUUUCAAGAACAUGGAUUUCAUCCUAAUGCAGAAACAUUCUUACCUGUUUAUAAUUCACUUAAAAGGCAAGGGAAUAUUGAAGAAUUUAUUAGGCUGCAUAGAUUAAUGAGGGACAAGAAC